AUGGGUCACCGAGAAAAUGAAGACGACAAACCGAUUUACCAAUCGCCGACUGAGGAACAAGAACAACAGGGCACCGGCUUGAAACCAACGCUCACCUUAUUCAAUGGAGUGAUGAUCAUUGUUGGAUGCAUUAUUGGCUCUGGGAUCUUUGUCUCACCAAAAGGAGUACAUGAACAUGCUGGCUCUGUCGGUCUUUCUUUACUCAUUUGGAUCAUUUGCGGGGUUUUCUCGGCAAUCGGUGCCUAUUGUUACGCCGAGUUGGGCACGUUCAUUCGAGAAAGUGGAGGCGAUUAUGCUUACGUUUACGCUGCAUUUGGGCCACUGAUGGGAUUUCUCCGAAUGUGGAUCGAGUGUAUCAUUGUUCGUCCUUGUACAAUCACAUGUGUCGCAAUCACUUUCGCCACCUACAUCCUCAAACCGAUCUUUCCCAACUGUGAACCACCGUUUCCGACACUGCAAGUGCUGGCUGCUCUUUGUAUCUUGCUUCUCGCAAUGGUCAACUGUGCCUCAGUGAAACUCGUUGGCAAAGUUCAAGACGUUUUCACAAUGGCAAAACUUUUCGCUCUUGCAUUGAUCAUUUUCACCGGCUUCAUCUUGUUGUUGAUUGGAACUCCCUACACUGACUCAUUCGAGAACAUGUUCGAAGGGUCAAGGUAUGGAAUGGGAAGCUUGGCGUUGGCUUUCUAUUCGGGACUUUGGGCGUACAAUGGAUGGAAUUACUUGAAUUUUGUUACCGAGGAGCUGAUCGAUCCGACAAAAAACCUUCCAAGAGCGAUUGCUAUUUCUUGCACUCUCUGCACCGUCAUUUAUGCUUUAACAAAUUUAGCGUUUUAUGCAGGUACCUCAGCCGAUGAUCUUCUUGAAUCGCCAGCAAUCGCUGUGCUUUUCGCUAACAGAUUCUAUUGGUAUUUUGCACCAGCGAUGCCGAUUUUGGUGGCUCUUUCAUGUUUUGGAACUGUUAAUGGAGUGAUGUACACGAGUAGCAGACUUUUCUAUGUGGCGGGUCGACGUGAGCACAUGCCCGUUGUGCUCUCAUUCAUCAAUCCUUACCUUGGCACUCCAAUCCCGGCUGUUCUAUUCACAGCUUUACUUUCUCUUUUCUACAUUCUUCUCUCCGAUAACAUCUAUGUUUUGAUUAGCUAUGUGCAAAUUGUGAACUGGUUAGCGAUCGGAGUGGCAACAGCUGGACUUUUGUGGUUGAGAGUAAAGAAACCACCACGAGAUUACCCUCGUCCCCUUCAAGUGAACAUCAUUUGGCCGAUCAUUUUCCUAAUCGGUUGCGCUUUACUCGUCAUCUUUCCCAUUUAUCAAACCCCAAUGGAUACAGCAAUCGGAAUUCUCAUUAUGCUCACUGGUAUCCCGGCUUACUAUUUGGGAGUGAUUUGUCGAGGGAAAUCAAAGAAAGGUGACGAGUUUAUGGAAUACAUCACUGAAGCUUGUCAAAAGUUGCUUCUCGUUGUACCAACGGAAAAACAAGAU